AGGGUGGAGAGUGAGAAGCACGUGACUGUCAUUUACACUCACACUUAGUGCGUCAACAUUUGCUUGGAUCAACAAGGGGACAAGCCCAUGCCCCUGCAAUCAGCCCCUUGGUCGAACAAAAGGUUGUCAGCGCGGAAAGUCACCGUGUAUCCGCGGCACAAGCGGCCUCGUAACGACCAGCGUAACGAUCCACGUAACGCUCAGUGUAACGUUCAGUGUAACUGUUGCUGCCACUGUUCACUGCAGCACGUGCUGCGCAGCUCGCCGCAAGAGAGGCCGCGCGGCAGAGGAGGACAUCGCGGCUCGUGGCUCCAGAAGCAGAGGCGCCAGCACCAGGGGGGCGUUGUCACCAGGACUGGCGCUGCGGGCUGGGAGAUACGUUCACCUCACAACACAAUCGAUGCUGGAACACUGGAAAAGUGUUCUACCUCGAUACUUCCCCUUCCCCACCCCUUUCCCACCCCUUCCCCACCACACACACACGUCUGACUCUGCUCGCUGUCGUGCGGAGGUGUGGACAUUCUAACCCUGUCUUCGCUCACCGUACCUGUCCACCUCUUCGCAGCUAGACACAACCUGGAGAGGAUACUACCUACCAUCGUGGGCGUGAGGCCGGGAGGGAGAAGACAAGUGACACAGGGAAACAGAUUGACAAAGCGGAUCUGUGAGCGGGAUGACAGCACAACGAUUCUCCCAGCGCUUCAGAAAGUAUCCUCGCCGCCACUUGUGGUCUUCGAGAUGUAGACAGUCCUUGAGGAGGACACAGUAAACAUCUGUAUCGAUUGUGAGGGGUGGGGUGGGGUGGGGGAUCGAUUUCCAUCCAGCAAAUGUCCUUUUUCUUCAUCACCUGGCAGAGAGCGGCGGCGAUAAAAGAACCACUGGCAGACAGGCUUCACAGACGUGCCUCCACAUCUACCCUCACGAACAGAUCGUACCGUCCCAGGCCUCACGAUGGAGACUGAAAUGAAGAUGUUAUUGACAGGACACUGAAGUGACCUUAUCCACCCCAACAUGCAGGCCUUGUCUCUGAUUCCUGAAAAGCUGCGACAGAGGCGGCGCCUGCGACAGCGCGUGCUGGACACCGUGUCACCUCGGACAGCCUUUGCCAACCCCAAGUAUGGCAGCACCUCCCGCAACUUCAUCUUCCGGGUCAUGGCUAGUAGAAAAAUCGCCCCUUCUCCUAUGCCGGGGGCUGCGGUUGUUCCUAAAGUAAACGUUGACGAAACAAGCGAGGAAGAGACAUGGCCUCAGAUCCACGCUGGCGACGGUGACCUGGAAUUUUAUUCCGACAAACCCGAGACACCGUGUCAAAAAAUCUACCAGCGCGCAUGCGCAAGGCUGCAAGUUCUUCCGUCCAUGAGCGUGUAUCACCAUCUGCCUCGUUCUCACAUGACCCUCCCACACUGCGGGGUGGGACAGGAUGAAGUCAAGGCCCUGGCAAUCGCUUUAGUGCACAACAGCUCUGUGCACACACUCAACAUGUCGGACAACAGGCUGGGAAGUACUGGGGCGGCCUUCAUCACGGAUGCGCUACGUGAAAACCGCUCCCUGACUGACUUGAAUCUCUCUCACAAUGCGAUCGCCACAGAAGGAGUGCGGCUUGUGACUGAAACACUACUCAGCAACACAUCCAUCGUGAGGGUAAACCUAGCAGGUAACAAUAUCCAAGAUAAGGAUGCAGUUCAUUUCUUUCAGAUGCUGAAGAAGAACAAGACUCUUCGAGAACUGAACCUCAGCCACAACCACCUGUGCCUGGAGGGAGGAAUUCUUCUUGGAGAAGCAUUAAGCGUAAACUCUACUUUGCGUAUUCUGGAUUUAAGUUGGAACCACUUGCGGCUCGAAGGCGCCGUUUCAGUUUGCCGAGGCCUUGCGACGAACGACGGUCUGACGCGGUUGUUCCUGGCGUGGAACGGUCUGGCGAUGGAGGGCUGCAACGAACUGGGCAAAGCUCUCUGUCGCAACACCAGCCUCGUGGAGCUGGACGUCAGCGCAAACCGCAUCAGUGGCGCCGCCUGCCGACGGCUCCUGGCUGGUCUGCGAAGUAACGCAACUCUGCGAUGCCUCCGGAUUGGGACCAAUCCCAUCACGACAGAAGGCGCCCUCUCUAUCCUGCUGAUGCUGGCGGAUGAUGUGACCGGUCUCACGGAGCUGGAUCUCACGGAUGUAGCAGUGGACAACAACUUUCUGGCAGUACUGCGUGGAGUGCAAGAAAAGCGCCCCCUGGUGGUGACCUACGGCGUGCCCCUUCGCCACGAUGACCUCAGGCGGGGAGCACGGCCCAUGGUCCUGGACACUGAUGACCCGGUCACCAUCCUCUUUGAGUUCAUGCGCCAGAAGAACCUGCGGCUGAUCGACUUCCUGCACUGCCUGGACCGCGACAACAGACACCUCACGAGGGACGAGCUCCGGAACGGACUGCUGAAUGUAGACAUUCCCCUUAGCAGUCGAUCUAUGGAUAUCUUGAUGAAGAAACUGGACAUCAACGGCGACGGCCACGUGGACUAUGAAGAACUGGCCAUCGGACUGAAGGAUUAUCUUCGAAAGGCAGCGAAGUGGAAGAAAAAAGCCGAGACCUCUGAACCCGUGUUCAAUCGCUUGGAGCAGCUCCGCGAAGCCAUCCGCUUGCGCAUCGAAGCGAGUCAGCGACGCGGCAGCACGUGACCGGACGUAUGCAAACUUUCUUGUUCGCGUAAAUGCCCGGAUGGGAAGACCAGACGACAGUUGCUGUGCUUCUACCUUAAUCACAUCAGCUACGCCGACACGAAAGACGUCGUGUCCACUGGAGUUACAGAAGACAACAAAUUUCUUUGUGUUCCUUUCUGGAGGAAUUCAACCUGGAUGUGUCUGUGAGUGAUCGAGUGGUUCAACCAGACAAGUAGCAGGUAUGUUUAGUUCUUGAAGCAGAGAGAAUUCACACGAACAGCUGCAUACAACACGAGCGACACUCGUCCAAACUACGCCUUCCCACCGAGGACAUAUGUCUUUGCACAUCAUCCUGGACUGUUCAGAGAGGCUUCAACCAUGUCGUGCCUGUCGCCAGAACACUGGUCAUUGCUGAUUGCACGUACAUCGUGCAGGUCAGACCAAGGGAAGACUGUUCCAGAAUCUUCUGCCUGGUAGACGUGGGGACUCGGAGUGCCAGACGUCUGUCGCUGUGUUUUAGUUCACAACACUCGAGAGUGUGGGGCGAACUAAGAGACUUCAUUUCGACAUCUACCGCGUGCGCUUAACAAUGCAGCCAUUCAGUUAUUUUUACUGAUGUUAACACCUGUCUGCUUACGUUUCUUUUAAAUGAAACUUUAGUGAAAUGUGUGUAAACAAGUGAAGUCUAGGGAACAAGCAGGGUUUAGUAUCUGUUUUCUUCUGACAUGCCAUAAAGCAUAUUUUAAAAAGAAUUAGACUCACACUUCUAUUCAAUUUUUAAUACUUUUUACAGCAUCAAUUAGGUAUUCUAUAUUGCAUUAUUUUUUUCUUAAAAAAUUAUUGGCUGGCUUUUCUAAAUAUGUCACUCAAUAUUGGUCAUGAAAUUCUUCCCGUGUUCAGAACAGGCAAACACGAACUAGAAACCGCCUGUAUAAUUUAUACAGUUUUCAUUGAAAACCCUCACAACACUGCUGAAAACAUAUGUUUAAGCAAAGAUAAAUCACACGUAAAAAUAUAUUUAUCGUGAGUAAAUGAAGCAGUCUCUUUUUGGGUGAUAAAUGUACUUCUCAGAUAAACAGGUUUUCUGGCAGUAUAUCUGGACUGCGCGUGAGAAUGUGUAGUCUGUAGACUUUCAUUGUCUCUGUGUAAACGCUGCAACACAGUUGGAAGGAAGUUUCAACAGAAUGCUGACUCCGUCCUUUCUAAACGUGAUUAUUACACUGGCUUAGCGAGAGUGAGAUAGAGAUAGAGAGACAGAGGCCAGAAAAUGUUGCUUUCAUGAAGCCCAAGGGCGAUCACCUAGUGCCGUCUGUUUUCCCGCACGCAAGUAAGAGUUAUCUCUCUUUUGUUGUUUGAUGGUGGUGGCUGUAUAUAAGCACUUUUCUUCCUAAAAAUCUAGGUCUUUGUUUUUUGAAGAGAAUUCUAACAUCUGUACCGAGAGUACAGUGUAGUGCAUGACAUUUUUGGUGUACAAUCCAGUUUUACAAGUUCAAAGCAGGAUUCUUACAACAUCUAUAGCAAAAUCUUUGAUCGCGUGUAGAGACUACCAACCAAGCUUGAACACCUAUUACUAACACCAAUUAUAAGCAUUGACAAAAUGAACAUGUACCACAUUUUAUGCAUUAGUCCAAAAAAUGAAUCCCUGUCAGACUAAACAUCAACCCCCAUCUUUGUACAUAUCCUAAUUUUUCUCUUUUGUGAUUUUAAUGCCUUCGCUUUGUAAUAAUGUAGUGCUUCAGUUUUUUUUUCCUACUUAGAUCGAGGGAUAGAUGUUAAAAAAGCAAAACUUUUGCUUAUUCUAUUACGCUCUUGUAAAUAAAGAUUUGUCCUUUAUAUCAGUAUCAUGUAUUCUCUCUACCUUUUGGGGAGUCAAAACGAUGCAAAACAAGAAUCAACUUUACCGGUCAAAGUUGCGACACAAGCGAUUUGUUUACUAUGUAGUCUUCUUAUUUAGCUUAAAUUAGUGUGUUUCAUGUUAUCCAAUACUACAUACUCUGGAUUAUACAAUAUUGCAUAUGAGGAUAUUGUAAAAACUACAUUGGUAAUCUACAUAUGGUAUCGUUUGCUAGCUACAAUAUUUAUAGUCUUGUUAUUUCUAUUCUCUCAAAAUGAUUAUAUCUCGUCUUCUUAUUCACACAAUUAUUUUAACUUUCCUUUCAAAGUCAACUUUUUUCCUUGUGAACAAUUUAGGUGUUUCAAAACUUGCUGUUCUGUGAUAGAUAUGUUAAAUGUGUGUCGGUUCAGGUUGUGAUUCUAAAAUAUAUUUCAGUCAAUGAGAAA